CAAAACAUUCAACUAGAUUUAUUGAAGACAGUCUAUUGCAAGGUAAAACUGCUUAAAAACCCAUGACUGCAUUGGCGCAAUGCGUAAAAGCAUUGUAAAACUUUAACAUAGUUUUUCUUGUUUGCAUGGUUUUGAACAUGGGACAAAUAUGCGUAGAACAGCAGUAUAGUACCAGAAGGUUGUGUUGAAGCAGCAGCACUUCUAGCGAUUGUUUCGGCAACGGCUCAAAAUGUAAAACAAAUUUCUGAUGGAAUGGCUGAAUGUGCCCAAUUUCAUCAAUGGAUUUCAAAUCAAAAAUCUGAUAAUAAAACAGGAGAAAUCUUGAAAACAUUUCCCCAUUUUUUUAACUAUGAUGGUUUAUUGGUAUGUAGUACGAAUUAGUAAAAAAUGCAAAUAGUUUAACGUUUUUCCAUUUACAGAUUCAACAAGCGUAUGAGAGAAUGCAUGUUGGUUAUAAUAAAAAUGCAGAUCUAAAAUCGUUACUCAGCCUAGCCUUGGUUUUUGAAGAUAACAGUUGGCUUAAUGUACAAGACUUUAACUUGAGAGGUGUUCUAAUUUUAAUGAAAAAGUUAGGCAGUCGCGGUAUCAAAAGAGUGGUGAAUACAAACGAGCAGCUUUCGUUGGGAGAAUUGCAAGCACGACCUCUAGUCAAAUGGAUUAAAAGUGAAGGAGUUCCAGAAGAGGAGCAGGUUGAAGCUUACAAAGAAACCUUUCGAACCACACAUAUUGUGUAUUGGAGAAAAGUUUACUCUCGGAAACCUAUAUUUAAUUUUUGGGGCCAAUACCAUACCCUGUGGAAGUUCGUCAUUGCAGACUAUUGAUGUAUUUUUUAAGGCAUUUGCUGUUUUAGGAAAAGCUGUUCCUGUACAGUUAAAAAAGAUACAUGAUUUAUUAUCGAUUCAGUUAUGGAAGACUUUAUCCUCAACGAACAGUUUAACUAUUC